UACUGGAUGAAUGAAUACACCUCAUCUAUUGGAAUUGGAGUUUUUCAUUCUGGAAUUGAAGUCUAUGGCAGAGAAUUUGCUUAUGGAGGCCAUCCUUAUCCUUUUUCUGGAAUAUUUGAAAUUUCCCCAGGAAAUGCUUCUGAACUAGGAGAAACAUUUAAAUUUAAAGAAGCUGUUGUUUUAGGGAGUACGGACUUUUUAGAAGAUGAUAUAGAAAAAAUUGUAGAAGAACUGGGAAAAGAGUAUAAAGGCAAUGCCUAUCAUUUGAUGCACAAAAACUGCAAUCACUUUUCUUCAGCUUUAUCAGAGAUUCUUUGUGGGAAAGAGAUUCCUCGCUGGAUCAACCGACUGGCCUACUUCAGCUCCUGUAUACCCUUCCUACAGAGCUGCCUCCCAAAGGAGUGGCUCACUCCAGCCGCACUGCAGUCUAGUGUCAGCCAAGAGCUCCAGGAUGAGCUGGAAGAAGCAGAGGACGCAGCCGCAUCCGCAGCCAUGGCAAGUCCUGCAGCUGCUGCCAGAACUGGGCGUCACACUAAACUAUGAGCAUCUCCAAAGUCACACCUUCAGAACUGUCUCUGAAUAGUACUAGAGAAAAGAAAAUAGAGUAAAUGUCCUUUGGAUAUUUUGUAUGCAAAGAUGGCUCUCCCCCAAAUCCCAGUUUUUCAGCUCAGGAUUAUAUUUGUAAUCAAAAACAAAAACAAAAAAAAAAAAAGAAGAAGAAGAAGAAAAUUCACUUGGCGCAGGAGGGAAAACUUUAUAUGAAGCUGCCCUCUUUUUUUUUUUUUUUUUUUUUUUUUUUUUUUUUUUUUUUUGUAAAUUUGGAUUCACUUCCUGUGUUUUAUAUGAGCUCUGUUAAAUUACGUUUACAGUAUUUUGUAUCACUGUUUACAAGUCUUGCAUGGACUUCUACCACCAUGAAAGAAGAAAAUCUUCAUCUUCAAAAGUUAGGCAGGUCAUCUUUAUAUACAUCCUGAAAAUUGCCAGAGCUCCAGCAUAAAAAGUAGGCACAUGAAGAGGUAAUUACAGAGUUAUGAUUCCCAUCACCUGCUUAAGAGCUGUGCAUUAGAUUUGUAUUUGUUUGGUUACCAUUUCUGGCCCCAGAUACAGGGAUCCAAACCGGCUUGGCAUGAAGGAGCGCACAAACAGCCCGAGGGCUUGGGGCCCUGGGUCAGUUCCUCUCCACUCCCUUCCGAUUCUAAGUAGCACAUUUUCCUAGGUGCCCGUGGAGCCACUGGUUUCAUCCCAAAUAUGCCCCCCUCAGCAGGGUGGUGCUCUUGUAUCUGCCUGGCUUCAUGCCUCAAUUCUAUAGUGAAGAUGUUUUCAUGGAAGUUAUUCUUAUAACUGACAAGUGUUUUUGCACAUGUGUUGGGGCAGGGGCUUCAUUUUUAUUUGAAUAUAUACUAAACUCCUCCCUGCACAGGAUGUUUUUGGUGGGGUAGGAGUGUCCUAACCUAGCUUCCUGAGCAGCAGUACAAACUGACAGUAAACUGCUUUUUUAACUAGCCAGGCUACCUUUUGUACUAGACGUUGAAAACUAGAGUCUAAAGAAACACCCCCCCAAAGGUAAUUCUUUAAUGUUUAAUACUUUGUGUACACCAUAUCAGAAAUGGUUUAUUGGAGUUUAUUAGUUCAUGAUGAGAGUAGUUUCGCCUCAUAAUAGAAAUUCUAUUUUCACUGAUCUCCCGUUGGAAAAUCAUAUUUUUGUGUGUCUGAUUCAUCUUUUUAUGUUCUCAAAUGUGUGUCUCUUACAUAACAUAAUCUUAGGAAUGAAGUUUUCGAUACAGCUAAGUCUUCUUUAGUAAGAAAGUUGUCUGCUAGAGUCUACCCCCAGGUGACCCUUGGAUGUAAGAACCAAUCAUUUCAUUGUCACAAUCAAUGUUCUGCCUUAAGAGUGAGUGUCCUGUGUAAAGUAGUGGGUGCAGCAUAGAAACAUCCAAGGUACUGACUGCAGCUUACAUACUUCAUUAGUAUGAAAGUCACAGUUCUCUAUGCGAAGAUACAUAUCUUUAAGUAAAUUACGUCUUUAACUUUUCCAUGAGCUGAUUUUGAUUGAUACUUAACGUAAGCACACCCUCCUUAGGGACAGUAAACCUUGGGUUAUAAACACUGGCCUGAGGAAAAUGAAGCCACUUUGUGCUGUUUGACUGUUCUGUUUCCAGAGAGGAAAGCCGUUGCAAGUUACUCUGCUCCAUUGGGGGGGGGGGGGGGGGGAGGCAGAGCCUUUGUAUCAGGAACCGUGAAGCAAGACAGAAUAUUCGGUCUUUACAAAGAGUUGACUUGGUUCAGGUCUGAAAAUGAGACUUAGGACAAAACACUAAUGCUCUCCAGGAGGUUGUUCUCUAAAAGAAGAGCCCUAGCCCUCAAGCCUAGUUUAGUAGGAAAUGCUUGGUGCAGUUGACUUGGGUUUUUUUUGUUUUUGUUUUUAAUUAAUAACAUGGAUGGAAGUAUUUCUAAGUCAUUGAGAUAUAAAUGUUUUGAAUCUGCUAUUGACCCAAGAGAAAAAUGGCCCCUCAGACAUGUCUGGGUAAAUAGCUAGAAACAGCUCCUCUGCUCACGCAGAUCUCAGCAGCUCAAUACACAAGCGACUUGCUGUUCUCACGUCUAUCUGUAGUGUUUGAAGAUUGAAGUAUAUAAAGAUCUGGGAAAAUAACAGUGCCCGCACCAGUUCUCGGAAAGUCAGCAAAUCAAAUUCUGGACAUGAGAUUCCUUGCAGUCUAGUGUACUUGAGGUUGAAAGAGAAAGAAAAUCUCAUUUAGUGAGGACCUUCUCUACAGUGCAAAUUAAGAAUGGGUUUAAUUAAUUUUGCUUUUCUUGCCCUUGGAAGAAAGCAAUUUUGUUCUGAACCAGAACUCAUAAGAAGAAAAUUCCAAGUCAAAACUCUGGUAAUGAAUACAUGGAGUCGGACACAGCGUCUUUAGUUGUAACCAGGUGAAACCAUUUCUCCUGGUAGGUUGAACGGUAACAGCAGUAACAGAUCAGACAGCUGGUUUCUGGUACUCAUUUUAAAUAUGCUUGGAUUUUUAACCCUCACUGGGACAUCAGCUUUAGAAGUGUAACACAGGGCUGUAGAGGUGGUGAUUGUCCUAGAACACCUCCAGGCCUGAACUCCAGCCAACUAUUGCUCUGACUCACAGCAAUAGCAACCUACCCAUCACCAGCAUCUUACAGAGCAGGGAUUCCAGGGUUAGUCCAUUGAUAGCGUUGUGUGUGUGUGGAGACUAGGCACCACAGACAGCUGCAGAACUCUGUUUCCAUGGCUGCUUCUAUCACAAGACGGGUAGAAACACAGUCACUGCUUCAGGGCUCUAACCCAUGUGUCGUCUAUGGCUCCAUUCUACAUUUCCUAUAGCUUUGGUAUAUGCUAAGUUUGCUUUAAAUGGCUAAUUUUUGAAAGUCUCUGUCAGCAGUUGGCCAUCCUGCCUUUACAUGCGGUUCUUGUCAGUAUGAUUUGAGAGUGUAGCUCCAUUGUUAGACUUUCAUUGUCUGCUCAGUCUUAUACACACAUCUCCACUGUCAACAGGUGGGACAGCUGUCAGUGAAUCUUUAUGGACCUGAAAAGAAUUUCUUGUGAAGUUGAAUGCAAGUGUACUGUCAUUCACAGCGUUUCUAAAACACCAGGAACCUUCACUUUUGCUACCUUGAUAUAGCAUUUGGGUUAUCAUGUUACAACAUUGAAAUACAUCGAUUUAUUAAAAACUACUUUUAUAAGAAAUGUUUUAUAGUUCUUUCUGACCUCUAAGAGACAGUGCUGUUCUGUAUUUGCUCUGGGAAGGGUUUUUUUUGGUAAAAUCCAGGAAUCCCAUCUGCUCUGCAGGAACUCGGCCAGCCCCUUCCAUACCCUGUCCUCCUUGUAUUCACAGCUUCCCUUACUCAAACGGUAAUUACUUUUGUUUCUGGAGAGUGGCGGCAGAGUGGGCCGACUGGAAGGCUUUCCCAAUCCCCUUUCAGCAAUUAAGCAGGAGCCUGCUUGCUUAUGUUCCUUAUUUGCCAUCAACCUCUUCUGCUUGGUACUUCUAACCUGAACCUUUGCCUUUCACCUCCAUUGGCCUUUUGUACCUAGCGCAAUGUUUUCCUACCCUAAUUGAAACGUUUCCCCUCAAAUUAAAUAUUAUCAAGUAAAUUAAUAGUUUUUAGGCUCUACCAAGAUCAUAUUUGUCCACUCUGCCAAAUAAGAGUGAUAUACUGUAACUAAGCUGUUCUCACCUCAGGGAUACAAAAUAGGACUCUUACCUUAAUUUCCUAACAGACUCAGAUCUGCUAAAUAACUUAAAAGUCCUCUCUAUUUAAACAAACAAAGAAAUGCCAAUGAUAUUAGGGAACAGCUAUCAGUUUUUAAUUGUCCCUAAAUUUAACCUGUGUACUGGCCUUGCUCUAACUUUCUAGAAGUCUGUGCUAAGGAAGGUUAAUGACUUUCUAUACUUUCUAAAAGGUAAAUUAGUAGCAAACAGCUACUUAACAUUCUUACUGAUAGAAAACAACCUUUGUCACAGUGGCUGCACUUUAAAACUACCAGUGGCCCUGCUGCUCAGGCCAUAACCUGGGAGGAUUCUGUUCCCUCAGACACUUGCUCUGCUGAUGCCGCUAAAGGCAGCAUUAACUAAAUCUCUAUCAUUCUAAUAAAACUUGAGACUCAAAGGUUAGGGCAAAAACCUGCAAGCUCAGAUAGAGUAGCAACUGGCUUUCUCUCUCUGCUGGUGCCCUGGAAGCCCCUCUCCUUCCACACUGCCCCAACUAAAAAAAAACGUGUUCUGCUACUUCCUGUCAGCUAGUUGCUAACUCCGCCUCUCUGAGUCCAGGUUAAUUUUAUUUAAGUAAUGCAAAUGCAACACAUCUUUACAUAGUUAAACAAAUGCAGCACAAAAAAUGCAACACACCUUUGCCUAGUUAAACAAAUAUUCCACAACAGAGAACUGCUGAGCAUUCUCAACACACCUUGACUCAAUCAGCACAUCUGAGCAAUUUCCUUCCUGUCCAAACCAAAGUAACACUAAAGAAAUGGUAGAAGCCACCACUCUACUGGUUCAGGGACCUGUUUAUUUCCAAAGACCAGAUGAGCCUCAGCUUUGCAGCCCUGCCCUGGCUUAGAAGAAUUCAUAGUCCCACUUGAGAGUGACCCCCUCCCAUGCUGUUGAGGGCUGCCAUUUCAAAGCCUUUUCCACACUGGGGAGCACUCCCAGGUAUAGGAAGACUUGUCUUCUAUGGAAUCCCAGACUCACAGGCAGGCAGUGGAGUUAGUCUCAGGACAGCCUUCAUCUGCUUCUGACACCCUCACUGGAUCUCAGGCUACCCUUGGAACCUCUGUGAGUCAGAGGACUUGGAUACAGGUACCCAGAGUGCUAAGCCAGAUUCCUCAAAGCCUUGAAUGCAGAUUGCUUGACUGUCCCAAUACACGUGUAUUGUCAUACAUGUGUGAUGAGAAUAACAAAUGAAAGGCAGUUUCGAGGUGAAUGUUAGGAGCAGUUAGGAGCAUUGGCUACCCUUCCAGAGGACCUGGGUUCCUGUAACUCCAGUCCCAGGGAUCAGAAGUCCUCUUCUGCCUCUUUGACGUCACAUGGUACACAGACAUACAUGCAGGCAAAACACCUGGUGGGGGGCAGUGUAGGUGGCCUGCCCUUCUCCCUCAAAUAAGAGAUGGAAUUUUACAGUGGCAAAGCUGGAAUAUGGCCUGAGGAAGCAGAGCUGCCAGACUUGGCCAUAAUCAAGUGUAGAAAACAAACCUUCCUCGUCUGCCAGCAUCAGUGAACAGACACCACAGGAGUACCCUAGUAUGUAUGCAUUCAUACAUACAUACCUCUUAGACUGAAGAUAAUAAAUAGCAAAAUCAUUUUGUUUUACCUCUGAUGUGUUUGGGGCUGCCCUAGGACACUUAAUUAGUAGAGAGGCAAUUAGCCUGCAAUCACACAACAGCCUGGACAGGUGACCCAUUGGAGGACUUAGUCAUUGGUUCCCCUACAAAAUUCAGUAGAGGUAGAGACAGGAUUUCUCAAGUUAACCACAAAAUAAAACAAACCUGAGCACUUGGGAGAGAAUGGUCUAAAAACCCCAAGUCCACUGGCUAAGGCUGGGCAAUUUUAUCCAAAGGCCACCUCCAUCAAUUAGCAAUCCAUGUUUAUGUCAUUACUAAAGACGCAAACUGCUCAGACCUUCAUCCCCAGGGACCCUGCACAUAGCUCAUUUGCUAGCUGUUCAUUCUUACUGUCCCCUCUGACACUUCUAAUGUGGCAGGCAAAAAUGCCUUAGUGGGUGACACUUGGUGUAUUUCAAGAAGCAUCUCAGCCACACCCUGCCCUCUAAACCUUUGUGUUCGUUUCUGCUUCAGUCAUUUUUCCACUACAGAGCUUCCAGCCAGCUGGAUCUGAGCUGUCCAGUUUUGCCAGAUGCCACCUGCUGCUUCACACGCUUCUGAUCUUUCUGUCUUCCUCUCAGCCUUUUCUUGUCUUCAUUCUCAGUGACUACAUCCACACAGGUCAUUAUUCUACAGACACAAGUUUCACCAUCCAUCCCCAGUUAAUAACCACUGUCAUUGUCCCAGUCCCUCUCUGUCACUUCAACCCUGAACUGAAUGGUCUAAACCACUUCUGGUAUCUUUUGUUUCUUCAGGACAGGUUUUCUCUGUGUGGCCCUGGCUGACCUGGAACUCACUUUGUAGACAAGGCUGAUCUUGAACUCAAGAGAUUCACCUGCCUCUGCCUCCCAAGUGCUGGGAUUAAAGGCAUGAGCCAUGCCUGAUCACUUCUGGAAUCUUCAUUCCAAGCAUUUCUGACCAUUAACUUUAGGCUUACCCUGGUCCAUUGCACCACUAGAAGUCAUUGGCCUUUGCAAGAUCCCAAAGCCAUUAAACCUAGCACUAACAUCUCCCUUAACCCACCCAAACCUAUUUUUCCUUUCACUCAAACCAAAUCCAUGGCCAGCAACUAAGUCAUUUCCUCCUCAGAUCCCUCUGCCACUUCAGUGCCCCUUUAUUUAAAUUAUCUGGAUCACUAGCCCAACUGGGAUCUAGACUCUGCCAGAGUCCAGCUACCACUGUGUGUGCUGGGUUAGCCUUAUGUUUCUAUCCACAAAGCAGGGGCACUCAACACUGCACCAUGGCCUGCUCUUGGCCCCUUGGAAGUCAGCUUCCCAGUUGGAGGCCCCUCAUGCCUUCUCCCUCCUUGUGGCUCCAACAUGUUCCCUUCACAUAUCAAUUGAGACCCUCACUGAUGCCUCAGUAAAAAAAAUGUCAGGUUAAUUGGCCUCUCAUCUCUCAAUCUACAGACUCACUAAAUUUGUCUCCAGAGACACUGCUUCCAUGGGAGCUUCCAUGGGAGGUGCUCCCUACUUUGAUCAGAUGCUCCCACACACACACCUCACCAGGCUUUGUCUCUCCAUCACUCCCACUUCUCACCCCUCUUUCCUACCAGCAGGUGGCAUAGAGGAUUUCCUCUACAAUGUCCCCUUGAGUCCUGCUAUGACAAAGGGAAACCUCUCCAUCUCCACAACCAAAAUCUGCCAACUCUUAUCUAUGUCCCAGUCACUAUUUUGCAAAUCACCUUGAUUUUGAAUGAUGUAUACAAUAGAAUUUAGGGCUGGGCGUGUAGCUCCCAGGGUAGCAAGUGGCAGAGCAUUUACCUGAUACUUACAAAGCCAGGAGUUCAGCCCAGCGCUGUUUGAAAACUGGGGGGGGGGGGGGUUUGAUAUAAUUGUAUGAACCGUUUAAAGGAUAAUAAAAUGAGUAACACUCUGUACCUCCCACUCAGCUUAAAUAACAGGCCUGGAGAACAUGUCUAGGCCCCUCCCCCAUCACUACCUCUUCCUUCCACCAGAAGGGGAACCACCAUCUUAAAGUUCCUGUACAUUGUCCCUUUGGGUUUUUUUUUUAAUGAUUUUGUCACCUGCAUAUGCCUAUUUUUGAGCUUUGUAUAAAUGAAAUCAUAUAUAUCCCGUGGUUUUAAAAUUCUCUAUUUUUAUAAUUCAUGCAUAUUAAUAUGUAUGGUUCUAACUCAUUUCCACGGCUGUAUUGUUUUCUACUGUAUUAUACAAACACACCAUGAUCCUGUUUACUCUCCCUUUGAUGGAUGUUUGGACUGUUGCAGCUUUCUCACUCUGAUGAGCAAUACUUUGUAAACGCUGUAAGGCAUGUCUGCGGUUGUGAGGCUCUCUCUAGGAACUGCUAGGAAUGUAUGUGUUCAAACUUAUUGAUGUAGAAAAACAAUAUACUCUUAUUACACUUUUAUUAAAUAAAAUCCUGUUCAGCCCUC